AUGGAAAAUCAGCAAGCAGCUUUUAGUUAAAGCGUAAGAUAACAGCAAUAUUUUGGACUCGUCGAUCAACAAGUCCUAGACUAAUUAGGCCAAAAACUCAAACUCCAAAAUGGUUCAAUAGCCAGGGCCAAAGUACCUGCCAUCAACAUGGCCGCUCUCAGGAAAAAUAAACUCACACUUCCGAGCAUAAUCCUUAAGAAAAGAUAGAUCAAUUUCGACGGUGGUGAUAACUAGAGUAAAAAGCUACCAGACAUUAUCCCAACGAUACAAGUACAAAAUCAGAAUUCUGCACACUCUAGACACAGCUCCCAAUCAUCCAGCAGAAAUAUAAUGACCGAUGACUUACUGAGAAAGUCUUCGUUGUUCAGAAGAGAUAUGAGAAAAUUAAAUAUAAUGAAGGAGGUAAAAGUAUUAUUAGAAAACAAAUAAAGGAUGGAUAUACUUUCACCAGCCAGACAUAAGCUUAAUAGUCCUAUUUAGCCUGAAGGAUUCUAAGGCAUUGGGGGAUAGUACAGAUUUCCAUUCCACAGACGAGCCUCGUUAGGGGAGGAAAUUAUGAAACCCACGAUUCCUUAACUGGUAAAUAGUUAACCAUCAAGUCCAAGUAGAUAAUAAUAGAUUCAAACUUCCCAUUCUAGCUUUAAGUCGCCAAGAAUUUCAAUGUCUAGAUUAGGUUCUCAUCACAUAAUCGAUGGAGACAGAUGGAGUGUCAAGAAUAACAUGCCAGUAAAAGCAAAUAAUCACAAAAUCUUUCAGGACUAAUUCAUGAAGAUUAUCGAGAACAGUUACAUGCUAAACGACAGUAACAGCGUUUCCAUGAUGCAAAAGGAUACAGCUGUUGCUACAACAAGUGAGGAUAACAGCCAGAAUCUCCAAGAAUCGAAAUAUUACUCAUAAAUACUAAACGAGGACAUCUUUUAACAGACCUUUGAGCAACUUGUGGAUGAUAAUGAAUAAAUUUUAGAGGUAUGUGAGGAAGGAGAAUAGUCACCAAAUGAAGUCGAUGGCUGGUUUUUAAAUACUAUAGCUGAGGUUGCGAAACAGAAAAAUUUGAAGGAGGAAUUGAAAGAACCUGAUCUAGGGUACUUUCUAGAUGAGUGUAAACGCACGUAGGAGUAUGAAAUGCAGCAAACUCUCAGUGACAUAAUUACACUUAUAAAAAGCAAAAAUAUAAUAAAUUUCGUUGACAACAUAGAAAAGAAUCCAUCGAAUUCCACUAGGACUGGGGGAAUAUUAUAGUAAAGAUCGUAAAAUAGCAGUAAUAAUCUUAACUACAACCUAAACUCGUAAGAUGUAAUCAUUAGCGAAAUGGAAAAUUUUUUCAUUGAAAUGGAAGAUAGAUCGUCAUCGUUUUAAAAACCUAGUGGGACAGAUAAGAAAGUUGUAUCUAAAAAUAAAGUAUUCUAAUGA